AUGGCGGAUGCUGGGAAACCGGAGCCAGGUCUCCGCGAGUGGGUGACAGUUAUCAACGGCAGCAUUGUGACUUUCUUCUUCACCUUCUUCUUCUAUGGCUGGGCCUCUCUGCAAGCGCUCCUUGAAGCAGACGGCGUGUACUUGGCGGUCUGCGCACCAGAGGAACCGUUGUGUUCCGAACGGACCAGCCGCAUGAUUCUGCUCUACACGGUGGACAACCUCGUCACGGUCGUCACUUCCGCGGCCGUGGCGUUGGCGGUAGAUCGCGUAGGGCCAGCGAAGCUGGCAUUGCUUGGAGGCCUUCUGCAGGCAAGCGCUCUGCUCCUCAUGGCCUUGUCCGAAGGGUCUGUCUCUUCGCCCUUUGACGGCUUUCUCGUAGCCUUUGCUCUGAGUGGCGUGGGCGGGGCGACACUGAUGAUAUCGAACUUGAAGCUGGCCUUUACGGUGCAGCCGCGGUAUUUCGCCAUGGUGAUGACGACCAUCAACUGCCUUAUCGACUCCUCUGCGGUCACUCCGUUGGGGCUCUACCGCCUCUACUUGAUGGGCCUCUCACGCUUCAGCAUCUUCGCAGGCUAUGCUCUGGCAUGCCUCAUGCUCUCCGUGUCCCUGGCCUUUUGCUGGUCCGGGAGCCCCAUGAGAAUCCUGAAAGCGAAGAGCGCGGAGGAGCUGAAGUCGGCAGAGCUCGCCGAGACGGAGGGGCAAGAGAGUGGCUCCACGCGACCGCGGCUGCACGGGCUUUCGGUGAAGGAGCAGGUCUAUUCCCUGGAGUUUGCCUUCGCGGGCGUGUUCCUGACGACGCAGCUGUUCCGGUGCAACGCCUACCUCGGCAUCAACAAGGACCUGCUCCAGUCCCUGGGGGACGCCGAGCAGAACAACCUGUACACCCAGAUUUUCAGCGCCCUUCUUCCGGCGUCAACACUCCUGCUUCCAGCGUUCGACUUAUGCAUGUCGCGCGGAGGCGCUCCUCUUUCGGGUCUGGGGCUUCAGGGCGUAAAGAUGACAGAAGGCAGAGUGAUGCUGAACAUGUCAUGUACAUGGGACUAUGUCAUGACAGGCAUGACUGGAUCGUUAACCGCUGUGUGA